AUGCUUGCCAAAAGUUUCCAGAGAUCAUCGUCCUUGCCGAUCUUAAGAUCACACAAGAAUUUGCGACUUCUUUCCACUUUGAAGUUGAACACUACGACGUCUUCAUACUUCAAAUCCCAUCUUGAAGAAUCUGCCAAACCUUAUGUCACUCCAUCAUUUGUCAACAAUACCCUUUUCCAAUCCUCGUCUAACGAAUGGUUCGACUUGCAUGAUCCAGCCACCAACAAAGUGAUUGCUAAGGUCCCCCAGUCGACGGAUCAGGAAUUGGAAGAUGCCAUUGCUACUGCCGAUAAAACUUUUGAGAGUUUUAAAAACGUUUCCAUUAUCAAGCGUCAACAGAUGCUAUUCAAGUAUGUUCGUUUGUUGCGUGAGAAUCACGAUCGAUUGGCCUCGGUUAUUGUUUUGGAACAAGGGAAAACCUUUGAUGACGCCAAAGGUGACGUGCUAAGAGGCUUACAAGUGGCAGAAUACGCUUGCUCGAUCACUACCGAAUUGUUGGGAACCAAUUUGGAAGUCAGCACCGAUAUGGAAACCAAAAUGAUCCGGGAACCAAUUGGUGUGGUGGGAUCGAUUUGUCCUUUCAAUUUCCCGGCAAUGAUUCCUCUUUGGACCAUUCCUUUAGUCAUUGCCACCGGUAACACUACCGUGGUCAAGCCUUCAGAAAGGGUUCCUGGAGCCACGAUGAUCAUUGCAGAAUUGGCCAAAGAAGCAGGAGUCCCGCCAGGGGUCAUCAACAUUAUCCACGGCAAACAUAAAACCGUGAACAAAAUCAUCAAGGACCCGCGGAUUAAAGCCGUCACUUUUGUCGGGAGUAACCGUGCUGGGGAGUAUAUUUACGAAACGGCCAAUGCGCUUGGGAAACGGGUCCAAGCGAACUUGGGGGCCAAGAACCACAUGAUUGUUUUACCCGAUGCUGAUAAGAAACAGGCCAUCAGCGGCAUCAUUGGUUCAGCGUUUGGGGCUGCUGGUCAACGGUGUAUGGCAAUUUCCGUGCUUGUUACGGUUGGAGAUGAUGCCCAUAGUUGGAUAAUGCCAGAAAUUGUUGCCGCGGCUAAAGCGCUUCGGGUGGGGAGUGGAUUCGAUCCAAAAUCGGAACUCGGUCCAGUAAUCUCAAAACAAGCUCUCAGUCGUGCGGAAUCGAUCAUUGAACAAUCUGUCAGCGCCGGUAAAGCCACAUUAGCCAUUGACGGUCGGGGUUAUAGACCUGAAGGGUUCCCUGAAGGUUACUUCAUUGGCCCCACUAUUCUUGAGAACGUUGCUCUUGAUGCCCCAUGUUACACUGAAGAAAUCUUUGCCCCAAUUUUAUCGGUGGUGAACGUGCCAACGUUAAGUGAUGCCAUUAAAUUGGUCAAUGCUAAUCCUUAUGGGAAUGGGGUGUCUCUCUUCACGACAAAUGGGAUCCACGCAAAGAAAUUCGAGCGUAAUAUUGACGUUGGACAAGUCGGGAUUAAUGUCCCAAUUCCUGUUCCUUUGCCAAUGUUUGGUUUCACCGGCAGCAGAGGCUCGUUCUUGGGUGAUUUAAAUUUCUACGGUAAGGCUGGUUUAUGGUUCAUGACUAAGCCAAAGACAAUUACUGCUUUGUGGAAAACUUCAUUGAUCAAUGAAAAUGAAGGUGAAUCUGUGACCUCUAUGCCAACCCACUCUUAA